AUGACUGUGAACCAAGAGGGUCAGCAAGUUGAAGAAUGGCUUGAACUAGCAAAUGGUUGUAUUUGCUGUUCGGUAAGGGAUGCUGGAGUUCUGGCCAUUGAAUCUCUAAUGAACAGGAGGGGAACUUUUGAUUAUAUCCUACUUGAGACCACCGGACUAGCUGACCCCGGGAAUAUUGCCCCUUUAUUUUGGGUUGAUGAUGGGCUGGGUAGCUCCAUUUAUCUUGACGGGAUUGUCACACUGGUCGAUGCAAAGAACAUUAAUAGGCUAUUGGAUGAACCAUCUUGCGAAGAAGAAAAGCAAGGUAUUCACGAAGGAAGCAUAUUAACAACCGCCCACUUACAAAUAUCACACGCAGAUGUGAUCAUUCUCAAUAAGACCGAUCUUGUCUCAAGCGAUGAACUUGUAAAGGUGAAAGAUAGGAUUACCUCCAUUAACGGUCUGGCUACAAUCCAUGUAACGGACCAUAGCAAGAUACCGAGUAUCGAGGGCACGAUUCUUGAGCUGCACUCUUAUGACAAAUUAACAACCGUAGAUUUCUCCACCAAAGGCCAGAGUCGACUCGACGCUAGCAUUUCUACACUUGCAUUCACAAUCUCGGAUAUAACAGAGGAUAAGGUUGCGCAUAUCGAUGAAUGGCUGCAAGCCGUGCUCUGGAAUCAAGAAUUCCCAAAACAUAAACACAGCCCUGGGGAGACUAUCACAGACUUCGAAAUCCAUCGACUCAAGGGUAUUCUUUAUCUAACAAAUGGAAAAACAAGGAUAAUUCAGGGUGUAAGGGAAGUCUUUGAAAUUACAGAUGCACAAGAUAGCCAGCCAACAUCUAAACCUGAAUCUAAAAUCGUUCUGAUCGGACGUGGGCUUGGAUUGGACAGCUCAGCAUGGCAGAGGAGCCUCCUUUCAUAUUUAGAGAGGUGA